AAUAACCUGUUUGUUAAAAGAAAAUCAAAACCAAUUCAAAUCUCCUUCUCCUUCUCCUACUCCUUCAAUGGCAGCCGCCGUAGCAGUACCGGAUAAUCUAACGAGGGACCAGUAUGUGUACUUGGCGAAACUCGCCGAGCAAGCAGAGCGAUACGAGGAGAUGGUCCAGUUCAUGGAGAAGCUGGUCACGGCCGCCACUCCGAAUUCCGAGCUCACCGUGGAGGAGCGAAACCUCCUUUCCGUUGCAUAUAAGAACGUCAUCGGGUCUCUCCGUGCUGCCUGGCGCAUAGUCUCUUCAAUCGAGCAGAAGGAAGAGGGCCGGAAGAACGAGGACCAUGUGGUGCUUGUGAAAGAGUACAGAUCCAAGGUGGAGACGGAGCUAUCGGCUGUCUGCGCGGGGAUUCUAAAGCUUUUGGACUCGAACCUGAUUCCCUCUGCCACAGCAAGCGAGUCGAAGGUGUUUUACUUGAAGAUGAAGGGUGAUUAUCACCGGUACAUGGCAGAGUUCAAGGUUGGGGAAGAGAGGAAAACCGCGGCUGAGGAUACGAUGAUUGCUUACAAGGCUGCUCAGGAUAUUGCAAUAGCUGAUCUUGCUCCAACACAUCCUAUAAGGCUGGGUCUCGCCCUCAAUUUCUCAGUAUUCUAUUAUGAGAUUCUCAAUUCGUCAGAGAAAGCUUGUAGCAUGGCAAAACAGGCAUUUGAGGAAGCUAUUGCUGAGCUGGACACAUUGGGCGAGGAGUCUUACAAGGACAGCACUCUCAUCAUGCAACUACUAAGGGACAACCUCACUCUAUGGACUUCUGAUAUGCAGGAGCAGAUAGAUGAGGCAUGACCUGGUGGAUUGUUUCAGCCGUCCGGACGAGCACAAGUGUUAAGAUUGUAAUUUAAGUUGUCAGAUGUGCUCUUAAUAGAGUGCAUCAUGGUGGUUUUUGUGUUUAAACUUGGUUGAAGAUUCUUAUAAGAUUUCAAAGUCGUGUAAGUUUAAUUAUUGUCUGGAAACAGCUUGAUUUUGGUCAGAAUUAUGGUCAGUCCUUUCCUUCAUUGUAUAUGGGGAUGUUCUUUGCAAAUAUUCUAGCAGUAGCAAAUAGAAGUCUUGACUUUGUUUGUCCUAGUGAGCGAUGUGACUUUCUUCUUGGGCUUUUGGAUCUCUGCUUAGCUUUCUCAUCUCUUUACUGGCUCGUUGUAUUUGCUCU